AUGGCCGAUAAGGGAUCUAUGGAUGAGAAUGAAAGACAGAAGAUCAAGCAUUUAGAUACAUCUGUGGUAAACAGAAUUGCUGCAGGAGAAAUUAUAAUACAACCUGCGAAUGCUUUGAAAGAACUACUAGAAAACUCGAUUGACGCUGAAUCUACAAUGAUUGAUAUUCUUAUAAAAGAUGGUGGGCUCAAGCUACUACAAAUAAGUGAUAAUGGGCAUGGUAUAAAUAAAGAUGACAUGAGUCUUUUAUGUGAGCGAUUUACCACAUCGAAGCUUUCCAAAUUUGAAGAUUUACAGAGUAUUUCAACAUAUGGGUUUAGAGGAGAAGCUUUAGCGAGUAUUUCCCAUAUUGCAAGACUUUCUGUGAUUACUAAGACGAAGCUGUCACAGUUAGCUUAUAAAGCCUAUUAUUUGAACGGUAAACUAACAAAUGCAAAUUUCAAAGCUGACGUAUCUAAUAUCGAGCCCAAGCCAAUAGCUGGAAAAGAUGGCACUCAAAUCAUAGUUGAAGAUUUGUUUUACAACGUCCCUUCUAGACUAAAGACGUUAAAAUCUAAGAAUGAUGAGUUCUCAAAGAUCCUAGACGUGAUAGGAAGGUACGCAGUUCAUACAGAAGGCGUAGGAUUUAGUUGUAAAAAAUUUGGUGAAUCAUACCAAGUACUUGUAACCCGUCCUACAAUGACAUUAACUGAAAGAAUACGUACAAUAUUUGGGCCAGCAGUUGCUAACGAAUUAAUUGAUAUAGAAAUAAAAGGAACUGGGACGAUGAAAGAAGAUUAUAAGGGAAAAUAUGGGUUAGUCAGGGUAUCUGGAGCCAUAACAAAUUCGAACUAUAAUAAUAAAAAGAAAAUUCAACCAGUUUUCUUUAUUAAUCAUAGAUUAGUUACUUGUGAACCAUUGAAAAGAGCCAUUAGUUCCAUUUAUCAAUUCUUUUUACCAAAGGGCAAUCAACCUUUUAUGUAUUUGAGUUUGGAAAUUGAACCUCAAAAUCUUGACGUUAAUGUUCAUCCGACUAAAAGGGAAGUUAGGUUUUUAUAUGAAGACGAAAUCAUCGAGAUAAUUAGUGCAAAGGUACACCAGUUAUUAUCGAGUAUCGAUUCGUCGAGAAAGUUUAAAACUCAAAAUAUAUUAUCAGGUAGGCAAGAUCUUAAGAGGUCGAAUGAUGAAUUCUCAGGGUUGUCCCGUGAAUAUACACUUAACGAGUCUUUGUCGCAACCAGCAAAGAAAUAUAGACAAGAAAAUAAGUUAGUAAGAGUCGAUGCACAACAGUCUAAACUCAAUACAUUCUUGACCGGACAAACAGAUAGUAAUUAUCACGGACAAAUGACGAAAGAGUUCACACAACCUGAGAUAAUACAAGAAGGAAUACCAGGUGAUAUGGUAAACGAAGCCACUGAGUCAAGGUUGGAUAUUAAAUCCAAUAACAGUAUAGAUUCACAAGGUAUUAAUUCUAGCCUUGAUUUACAGUAUCAAAUGUCAGAUCGGAAAAGAAUGAAAGUAAAUCUUGAGAGCAUAUUAAGUUUAAGAAAAGAGACGACAGAUAAAGUACAUAAGCCAUUAACAAAUAUAUUUAAUAACUCAUCCUAUAUUGGUAUCAUCGAUGAACUGAGGAGGCUCUGUUGUUUCCAGUUUGACGUUAAGUUAUUCAUGUGCGAUUAUUCCGCCGUACUUUAUGAAUUUUUUUAUCAAGUAGCAUUGGCUGAAUUCUGUAACUAUGGUGGAAUUACGUUAUCCGAAACGCUAUCAUUAGAUGAACUACUUGAACCGUUAUAUAUUUCUGCAUUAAAUGAUGACAAAAAGUUGCAAAAAAAGACAGAUGUUAUUUUAAAGAUAAUGAAUAUGAAGGAUAUGUUUAUGGAGUAUUUUCAGAUAAAUUUCAGUUACGAUGCAGAUGGAAAAGCUUCAAUUCUUGCACUUCCAAUGCUUUUGAAAAAUGUUAAGCCGUAUAUGUCAAAAUUGCCAUACUUCAUCUAUAGAUUAGGAUCUCGUAUAGAUUAUGAGAAUGAAAGGGAGUGUUUGAAAGGGAUACUAAGAGAAAUUUCAUUGUUGUAUGUACCUGAAUCGAUUUCAAACGAAUUUACACAAGUCUAUACCACUGGUACAUCAGACGAACAAGAGCAUACACAAGAAUACGAGAAACAGAAGAAUGUUGUAAAAAGAAAUGAACUUGACCAUGUUUUGGAGCAUGCUUUAUUUCCCGCUCUUAAACAAAGAUUUCUAGCUACUGAAAACAUGCUUGGUGCUGUAGUUCAAAUUGCAGAUUUGCCUGGUUUAUAUAAAGUAUUCGAGAGAUGUUAA